CGAGUGCGAGGACAUCCAAUCAUGGUUGUCAGGCCAUAAAGACAGAACCAUGCAGCAGGACUUGUUGUGGGCUAAGAAACCAUAGGAUAUGUCUACCUGUUUUUGAAAUGGAAAUAGUAAGCUUUGCAAGUGAGAAAUUCUUUGCUCUCAGCCCAAAAAUAAAAAACAUUUCGAAGUGAGAGUAAGCUGAUAAUACCCUGCAAAAUAAAUUAGUCAUAUCUCCUGGAAGCCUUAGCCAUGGCGUUUAAGAGCUGGUUUUUGGUGCCUGUCGUCAAGGCCGAUGACAACGAUCAGGAGUUAGUUGAUCCGCAAGAAGCCCUUAGGGAGAAGUGCCAGGCCAAAGAUCACAUCCAAUCUCUGUACAACAAGUAUCAAGAGUGCAAUGAUCGCGUGAAUGGCAAGUCCAAAACAACUGAGACGUGCAUGGAGGAAUUGUUCGACUUCGUUGCUGAGCUGGAUCAUUGCGUUGCUCACAGUCUCUUUUCGAAACUGAAAUGAUUUCAAAUUCAAGAACAAAUAUCACGAUAAGCGCUGCUUAACAAUAAAAUUGGCAAAUAAAUAAAGGAACCAACUCAACACAAAAAUUCUGGCUGCCUACAGGGAACUGAAAUAUAAAUAUUUUACAAAUCCAGCUAUAACUCGCUUUGGUUAGGGGCGCCCCACCUGAGGUACACUUUUAUCUUAUUUCUCACUAUCUAAAUGGAACGCAUUUUGGUUGGCCUUUUCAGUCGGCUGAUAAGGCUUAUGCGUUACUAAGGCAUCAAAAAUGGUCGUGCAACUUGCUAUAAUCUUUAGAAAAAUAAGUAAAAUAAGUUGAAUGCCUUCAUUAGGGAUCAGCACCUCUAGGCAAUUUCACGGCUAACUAGCUUCUCAUCGCAUAUCUCAACUCCUCCUUCCU